CAUCUUUAAACCCGACCAGUCGUCAGGAAACGGUACAACACAAGUGUGCCUUCCCCAUUAGAGCAUCCUUGCAUAGCACUACUUCCGUCUUACCCAGAAGUCUACCGGCGAGAUCAAAGACCUCCCAUCAAGUUCAUUGGCACGGCUUGAACCACGUUUCUUAAAUAGCACUGCCAGGCAUCGUCCAAACUAGUAAACCGUUCUACCCCAUCCUGUAAGGACCCCCAUUGAUCUCUAUCUUCUAGGACGCAUUCUACCCCUCAUACUCAAUCGCAUCUCUCGGAAGUCUAGUCUCAGGAUACGCUUCACCCACCGAAUCUCUUAUCGUGUCCUCAGAAGAUCUCAGGACAGACCUUCCUUAGGUACCAUCCGUCUCCUCUCUUGCCUCGAGCUCAUUGCUCACACACACUCGCUAUGUCCCGCAAACGGGCUGUCAAGGACUACCAGUUCGGUAACUGCAUUGGUGAAGGCUCCUACUCCAAAGUCUACUCUGCGGUAGACCUUCACAACCGCAAAACCUACGCGGUCAAGGUUCUCUCCAAAAAGCACAUCGUCAAGGAGAAAAAGAUUAAGUAUGUCAAUAUUGAAAAACAUACGCUCAACCGUCUUGGAAACCACCCCGGGAUCGUUCAGCUCUACUACACGUUCCAGGACGACGCAUCGCUCUACUUCGUGAUUGACUUUGCCGAGUACGGUGAGCUCUUAACGAUCAUCCGCAAGUAUGGUUCGCUCAAUGAACACAUCACGCGCUUCUACAUGGCGCAGAUCCUCGACGCGGUGGAGUUUAUGCACUCCAAGGGCGUGAUCCACCGCGAUCUCAAGCCGGAAAACAUCUUGGUCAACCACCACUUGCGCUUGAUGAUCACCGACUUUGGCGCAGCCAAGCUCGUCGGUGCGGACACGGACGCGGACGUGAUUGCACCGGACACAACCAUCCCGGGUGACGAGUCGCCGCGCGCGUCGUCGUUUGUGGGCACAGCCGAGUACGUCUCACCCGAGCUCCUUCGUCACAACCAGGCCGGCUUCGAGUGCGAUAUCUGGGCCUUGGGUUGCAUCUUGUACCAGUUUAUCCUCGGCGUCCCGCCGUUCAAGGGUAAGACCGAAUACCUUACCUUCGAGAAGAUUAUCCUGUUGGACUAUGCGUUUCCGCCCGCGUUGUACGUGCCGCUGCGCAUUAAGAGCCUCGUUGGCGGCUUGCUCCGCCUCGAUCCGCUCGCGCGUUUGACCAUUCCCGAGAUUAAGCAGCACGAGUUCUUCCGCGGUGCCGAUUGGGCAGACAAAAAGACGAUAUGGGGGACAAAGGUACCCAAGUUCGAGCCAUACAACCCGCGCGUCUACCAGCGCGAGGAGCCGUCGCCCAAGAAGCCAUUCCCUAUCAAGCCUCCUCCAGGGGCCGCCAAGGCGACAAAUAAUAAGCUCCAUGCGGCAAUGAUGGGGCUUGCUAUUACCCCACCAGCGACGGCGGAGGGCAAACUAAGCCAAAAUGGAACCCAAAGUGGUCAAAAUGGGGCCAAAAGUGGUCAAAAUGGGAUCCAGGGUGGCCAGAAUGGUCACCAAAACGGACAAAACGGGUCAGCUAUUAACCAAAAUUUGAAUUUUUCUCCACAAAGUUUGCCUCCCACUCCAAAGCUGACCCCUGACUUCCCCCGCAAGCCGUUGCUCACACAGCAGCAGUCGGACCAGCAAAUGAUCAACAAAAUCCUCCAGGAGAAGAUGGUGAUAAAGAAGACGGAGUUGCAGAUGAGACAGAAUGUAGCGCCUGCGAUUGCUCCGAUUCUGCUGUACCUGAACGGAAGCGGGAUACCAUCUGUAGGGAUGGUGACGUCUAAGUCUAGCCUGAAUCUCCAGGCGAAACUGCCACCGUACCCUGGAUCGAUCCACGGCGUCCGGCUGGUCAGUCAGAUGAUGGCGAAGCCUACAGUGAAGGCAAAGCCGCAACUAGUCCCUUCGUCACCCCAGCCGCCAACUCAGCCACCACCCCAGCCAAAAAUUCCAUAUCCGCCAAAAAUCCCAUCUCAGCUGCCAGUUCUGCCAAGACAGCUCUCUCAGGGACAAUCCCAGCCGCGGCAAUCCGAAAAUCUGAUUCCCGGGGAAAUCGCACGCAACUUACUCCCGGACGAGGCGAUUCUCAAGCUCGACUUGAUCAAGACAUCAGAGUUGCCGUACUCGUACCAGACGGACGGGGGUCCCGCCACGCCCGUAACGCUUGAUUCCUCUCUUGACGACACGGUGAUCCAGGAGAUCAUUACCAAGAACCGGCGGCGCUUGGACUUUGUGGAACUGACGCGGAUCCUCGUCAUUACUAACCAAGCGCGCUUAUUCUUACUCUACGUGGAGCAGAAUACUAUCGGCAACAUCCAGGUGAUCAACCUCACCAACAAGUAUUACUCCAUGUACGACUACGAAUUCAACGACGACACCUGCACUGGCUACUUGAUUCUUGAGCUGCUCCGCGACCGCAAGUUAAUCUUUUUGAAGCCAUACAGCCUGCAUACAGCCGACCGUGAGGUGCUGGUACCAUAUCGCCGUGGUACGAGUGCGGGAUGGGUCGAGUGCUUACUCCAGGCGAGGGAGCUCUUGACUGAGGAAGCCAAACCGCCAGCCAAACCCAGACCCACCACCCCGACGACAAAUGCGCCGUUAGUGAACCCGCCGUCCACAACAAAGGUCAUGCCGCGGCCUUCCUCCAAGGCCCCCGUCAAAAGGGUCGUUUCAGCGCCUGUAAAGAAGGCCGCAACCAAGCCAGCUGUUUCCACAAAGCCAGCUGUUGCCAUAAAGCCAGUUGUUGCCGCAAAGCCAGUUACUGCAAAACCAGCAAUUACAACAAAACCAACACCCAAGCUAGCACCAAAACCAGCGCCGAACUUUGCGGCUGCGGCUGCCAUGAGUGCUGCCCGGUUAAGUAAGGCCAAAACUCAGAAGUAGUCAUGGAUACCCUCAUCCUACUUGAUCCAAUAGAUUGUUUCAUCAUGGUGCCAGUAUCUGCAUAAUACACUAUUGUAUUUUAUAUGACAUUGACCUAUUAUGUAGAUUAUAAAGCAUGUGAGUUAGGGGGUUAGACUUAAAUGAGUCGAAGGUUGCCGGUGUAGAUCACGGGUUGACACUGGGAAUGUAUUCGAUUUGCUAUUGUGUUCUAUCCUGGACCUAUACAGGGUAUAGCUAGAAACUACAACAACUUUGGAUGGCUCUUUUUGUAGUUAUACGGAAUGUUAUCGUUGCUGUGUGUAUGGGCGAAGCUAUUUACCAAAAGGCCGUACUCCAACCGAUGCCAUGAAUAUACAUUGAUUCAUAUCCACAGAUGGUAAUAGGCACCAAUGAGCCAUGUAUCUGAAUGCUGCUCUCAUUUCCUCUUACAAC